AUGUCGAGGGUAUUCGACACGAGCUACAAUUGCACCGCAGCAAAUAACGGGCACGAUAGAAAAAGCAGACCUCGACGAAGAGGACCGGAAUUCAUCUCCAAACAUGACAUACUGCUACCAUUACCAGAGCGACUACCGUCGGUACAGCCGCAAAUAUUGCUCAGUUGCAAUUAUUUGUGGGAUUUUAUGAUGCUAUUGGGCAAAUUGACGUUACCCUCCGGCUUGCAACUAAUACCGACAAAAUUCGGCUACAUAGUCAGCGGCCGACAAUCCCUAGAAGUGAAUGCGCAAGUGAAAAUCCUUGUCGCCCUUGGUGCAGAGGAUGAAAAGGAGACAUGGGACCGUACAGAUGAGUUCACAUGUUCGGAAAAGUCAGAACGUCAGCAGAUCAACGAGAAGGAUUUGCAAGAAUUUCGGGAUACUUUUCAACGUAGAUGUGAGGGAUUCUAUGUCAGAGUACCGUGGAAAUCUAACUGUGCUACUCUGCCAGACAAAAAAAACCAUUGGUCUGAAAAUGCUCCAUAA